AUCCCCGAACUUAGCCCUUCCUUACUUGUUCUUUUACAUUUUAUUUCGUAAUGUUUACUAUUGUUUUACACAUAGUACAGUUUGUUGUUAAAAAAUGUUUUAAGGGGAAAUUAUGUUAGUUUUUUAAAUUUAAAUAAAUACUAAACAUUUUGAAUUAGUUCGGGAACCCAACUACCGCAUAGGAACAUGGUUAGCGAAGUAUCGAACAUUGUAAUCGAUUGUUCAAUAGUGAUAUUUAUACAAAAAUUAUCACAAUCCUGUGCUGUUGGAUAUAUAAGAUAUUCUUUCGAGAAGAUUAAGAAUAACUUUUGGAAUUCAUAAUGGCAAAAAUGGCUUUUCAACAUCAGGCCGGGACGGCUAUGGAAUGCUUAAGUAUACCUAUUACACUUCAUAAAGAGAAAGAUUACGAUAUAGAAGGCAGAGAAAUUCUGAAAUGUGGGUUUAAAAUAGGAGGUGGUAUUGAUCAAGACUUCAAAAAAAGUCCUCAAGGAUAUACAGAUUAUGGCAUUUAUGUUACGGAAGUGCACGAUAAGAGUCCUGCUUCCCGAGCUGGUCUUCGCAUCCAUGACAAAAUUUUGCAGUGUAAUGGCUAUGAUUUUACAAUGGUAACACAUAAAAAGGGUGUAAGCUAUAUACAAAAAAACCCAGUACUAAAUAUGCUUGUUGCCAGAAAGGGAGUCACUUCAACAUAAGUAUCAACUCUUCCGCAUUUAUGUCAGUAAUUUGACUCAAGCGCAAAUUUUAUUUAUUUGAUAAAAUUAACCACCCUUGUCUGAAUAGAGUGUCAACUUAGUGUGACUGUCCAACGGCGUCAAUUUUGCAUUUAAUAUUAGAAACGCGAUUCGUCAAACGACAGUAGAUGGCAUAGUUCAGUUGAAUUACAAAUUUCAGUUUUGUUUUCUUUGUUUAAAAAAUAAGUAAAUUCAGUUAAUGGAUUAUUAAACUAAUGUAAAAAUUCGGAUUCUGUGUUUGUCAAUGUGGUUUGAAGUGCACAACAACUUAUUUAAGUAUAUUUAAUGUAAAGAUUGUGAUAAAUAAAAAUUAAGUAACUAGUUUUACAGAGUGGUGGUUAUUUCAAA